AUUGAGGAUGUCCUCAAAGAGGAAGUCACCACCAACGAAGCUAUCGGAGGGCGGGGGCGGCACGGGUACAGUGGCAGGCGCCAACGAGGAGGAGGAGGACACGACCUCGUCGGUGACCGGUGGUCCCGGUGGCGAGAUAGCCGUCGGUGAAGAGGGUCGCGCCACCCCCGUCGACAUCGAGGAGUGUUACCCUCACCAGAGGGGAGGUGACUGCGAGUCGUCCGGGUGUUCGUCGCCGGCCACCACCAGCGAGCCGGAUCUACGAGACUCGCCCUCGCCGUCCUCCAAUUCCCUGCAAAGCAAGCGACAAAGGAUCAGGUUAACCUGCAAGAUGAACAGCGAGUCGCUGUCGCUGCAGGACGAUACAAGCAACAACAGACGGAACAGCCCGCCACCCUCCUCCACGCCGACCGGACACAACGCCCACUGGAUCGAUGUGGUUUUGAAGGAGAGCCAUCGAGUAUCGACAAUGUUCGUUUGUUCAAUAACAAGAGCGUUGCUAUUUUGUAAUCAUUCUCUGCUUAGAUACUCGGCGAUGGGUUUUCAAACUAAAUCGGACAACACCGGCAUUAUUCGCCGGCCGCAGCUGCCCGCGUACCGUGAAUCGUUAAAACCGUGGAAAGAAACGGAUACUGCCUUACAAUCGACUCGCCUUACAAUUUCACUUUUCUCAAUCGUUCGAUAUCAAGAGCUCCGA